ACAAGAAGAAGAGCCCACAAAAUGGCGACUUAUAUGUGUGAAGCAUGACUCUAAAAAUCAAUGAGAAUGGCUGCAUCUGCCGAGGAAGUAACAUUUGGAGACUUCAGUGCUCUUUGCUUAGAGGAGUAUCAAGCCAUCUUCCAGGAACCCUUGCAAAGCUCUGAUGUAGAGUUUCCAUGGGAUGACAAAAGCGUUGGAAGGAGCAGUGUGCCAAGUGGAAAUGUUGGUAGUGCUAACUGUACCCUCAGCCAGCAAGCUUUCUUGAAACAGCCAAUACUACAGAGUACUCCAGUUGUUGGUAACAUUGUGGCUACAUCGGAGCUUUGCUACGAGGGUCGUCAAAACUGUCACCAUGACUUGGCCAACAAUUCCUCCAGCACAGGUGUACUAGUCACCAGGGAAUAUCCAGAAGUCCAUUCUCAGCAGUGGGUCAACCAGUCAGCUGGGGUUGCAGCCUCUGAACCCCUGGACCACAGCUCUGCCGGAGUCGACGAUACCGACCAACAACUGGAACAAGGCCUCAAGAAGAGACGCAACAAGAAAAAGCGUGAUCCAGAGUACUACAAAAGCUACUAUGAUCGUAUGCAGGGUAGCUUGGACAAUGAUAGCGGGGCUGAUAGUGGAAGUGCAAAAGAGGACUCUAAAUAUGGUGGGACGGUAGAGUAUGUUCCCCCAUCAGCACCUGUCGAGCAGAAUCAAUACACAUCUGAAGUGAAUGCAGCCCCUGCUCUUAGUUAUGAAUAUAAUGCAGAUGAAAAGAGCACAGAGAGAACUAGUUCAUAUGUUGAAUCGGUAUAUCCAAGCACUAGCUAUGUGCCUACAAGAACAGCAGAUAUGUCUGAUGAUAAACAGAUCACAUCAGAUUAUAGUGAGGAAUCUGUGCCAUCAUAUGUUAAUGUUAACAUGCCUGCUGUAGAGGCUGUGGAUGUAGAUGAUGGCAAUGUGAACAAUGAUCUUGCCAAUACCGAGCAAGACAAUGACGUUGCUUCCAGUGAGCCACCUGUCCCCACCAUACACAUAUCACCCAUUGAGAACACAACACCAAACGUGCAAAGCAGCACUUCCCUUGAUGAGAGCUUUCCUACUGCUACGGCAGAAGGAUCUGGUGAACAGCCAGCUGCAGCACCGGCCUCUGCCGCUCCUCCUCCAGUCAAGUCUUGGGCAAGUCUCUUCAAAGGAAGCUCUGGAGGUCAAGGACAGCCACCCAGUACACCAUAUGUGGCUAUCAGUGUUGUCACUGAGCCAUCUCCUGGAGAGGUGUCAGAUGAUGGAUCCGUCUCUUUGGUCACAACUGAUAAAGAUCCACAUGCCAAGAGAUUAGGAGAACACUUGAAUAAAGUGAUCCCGUCACACCAUCCCAUGAACCUGCAGCCACGUGGUCUCAUUAAUACAGCCAACUGGUGCUACAUCAACAGUAUUCUUCAAGCAUUAUUAUCUUGCCCACCAUUCUAUCACAUUAUGAAGAAUAUGCCUCUCAACCAUGGAGUACGCAAGUCAAGCUCAACCCCCAUGCUUGAUGCCAUGUAUCAAUUUCUGAAGGAGUUUCAGGAGAUUAAGGGUAAGCGCUCACCCCAAGACCUGCGCCCUGGUACGUGCUUUGAGCCAACAGUCAUCUAUCAAAUGCUUUCUGUUGCCAAUACUUCUCUUUCUGUGAAGCAUGGUCGCCAAGAGGAUGCAGAAGAGUUCUUGUCAUGCUUGUUGAAUGGUCUCCAUGAUGAGAUGACUUCGCUCAUUCAGCUUUACAAUGGAGAAGACGUUAAUGCCAUCGAUCCCAAACAGAAUGGCCCAUCAUCAUCAUCUGUGGCAGUCGCUAAUGGUGAUGUUGGUAAUGGUCAUCAGGAGGAAUGUAGUGAUGAUGAUGAAUGGGAGCAGGUCGGACCACGGAACAAGUCCAGCAUCACAAGAAAGGCUCAGUUCUCAAGUUCUCCUCUAUCUAAGAUCUUUGGAGGUAUCAUGAGAUCUGCUCUUCAUCAACAUGGCUCUAAAGAGUCUGCUACUCUGCAGCCAUUCUUCUCUCUCCAGCUAGACAUUCAGUCUCCAGACAUCUGGAACCUGAAGGAUGCCUUGGAUAACCUUGGAAAUAAGGAAUCUGUCCAUGGAUUCAUGUCAAACAAGACCAAGAAAGAAGUUGAAGCUUUCCGUCGUGUCACUCUUGAAGAACUUCCACCGGUCCUCAUUCUACAUCUGAAGAGGUUCCUCUAUGAUAAGUCAGGAGGAUGCCAGAAACUGAUGAAGAAGAUUGAUUAUGGCAUGGAGAUCGAAAUCAAUAAAGACCUCAUCUCUCCAAACACCAAGUCUCGAAUUGGAGGGGUUCAAAGAACUUACAAGCUUUUUGCAGUUGUGUACCACACAGGCAAAGAAGCAUCAGGAGGUCAUUACAUAACAGAUGUCUAUCACGUAGGAUCCAGUGGAUGGCUCCGUUGUGAUGAUAGUAUCGUCAAGCCGGUCAAGGCCCUACAGGUCACCAAGCCUCUAUCAACGUGUAUACCUUACUUGCUCUUCUAUCGUAGGAAAGACCUGCUUACAAAACCUACAACUUCAUGAAAGUGAAUGAAUCUUGGAUUCAACAACUUGUAUGGAGAUACUUAAUGGAUUUCAAUUUUUGGUGAUAAAGGAACUACUGUUGAGCCACUUUUGAGGGAUGUAUUUUUGAUGAUUUUUUGACAGCAUGGUCAAAACACUUGCUCUGAAUACUAUGCCAGUUAUAGAAUGUCUAAAGCAUUUUCUUUGCUAUUUUUUUCCUCCUUUUCUGUUUGAUUGUCGACGAUAUGAUGUGAUUGAGAACAUUGCACAGAAUGCUUAUAGCGAGAAUGGAUCCUCUCGAUUACAAACUUCUGUAUCGCUGCAAGAAGGUGUACUAUGCUCUUCUGAUGAUUAUAAUUAUGACCUCAUUGGAUGAUGACGCCAGCUCUCUGACUGGUAACGGGAAGUUGCAAAUUUACGUGUGUGAAAGCAAAUGUCUGCUUUGCAUAACUGUGAUAUAUUAGUGUUACAAUGAUCAAUUACAGAUGGUGUGUUGAUUAUUUGGAAUCUGCCCAAUCACUUGCAAAGAGGAAAAAUCGUUCUCUAAAACCAACAGACUGCUCAAGGAACCUGACUUUUCCCAGAGUUUGCAGUUUAUGGAAUAAUCAUUCACCUUUACCCUGAUGGCUCUAUUUGACUAAUUAUGUUGCUCAGAGGAAGAUCAUCUUGUGCCAUUUGAAUCUCACCUUGCAAUAUUGGAAUAGGAAGCAAAUUACGAUAUCUAAACUUCAUCAUCAAGGGGUGGUUAGAGGACAUGAUCCUUCAGAUGUAUAAUGAAUCAUCUUCUUCAUGUUGAUGGGAUAAUGUAAAAAUAAAGUACUGUCCUGCUAUGUAAAGGAAUAUGUGUGAUGCAUGAUAAUUUGAGUUGAUAUAUUAGUAGGCUUUCUUCCUUUCUGACAGGCAAAGCUUGAUUUUUUGUUUGAAGAAUGAUUAGAACUUGUCAUUACUUUGUGGACACAGUCAUUGGUCUGAUAGGUAUGUAGAAGCAUUUUUUUUUCAAGAUAUAGAAACUGUAUCACUUGAGAAAGAUAAUCUGUAAGAAUACUUAAGAGCAAAUAUGUAUACUAUAUAAGUAGAAUGGUUCUAGUUUAUAAACUAGAAGGCAGGCCCAAAAGAGGUCAAGGUUAACUGAAUUAUUUUUGUGAUGCUUCUACGCACUGACUUUAAUGCAACUCGCAUAAUAAUGUGAAGCUCACAUGUAUUUGUUAUGUGAUAUUAUUAUGAAGGGAUUAUUAACCCUCUUUUAAACUGUCUCCUACUUUUUUUUCUCUGAUUACUUUUUUCCUCUAGAUUAUUGGUCAUUAUUAUUUGUUUGAAUAGAUUUGUUGUUGGUAUCACAUGUUAAGAAAUAAAUGGUGAAUUCAAUAUUGAUGAGAUAUUUUGUAUGUGUAUGUACAAGCAUUGACUUAAUCUGAUUUCUGCAUUGCUCCGUGAAGUUAUUUAAGUAAUAUAUAUUUAAAGCUAAUAAAUGAUAUUGAUCCAGUAUAAUUAAAGAUAUUUAUAUUUUCCUUCUAAUUAUUAUUCUUCUUUUCUCCCUGUGAUUUUGAUUUCAAAGUUAAUUACUAAACAGUAACUAUACUGUACAUGUAAAAUGAUAAAAGUUGGAUUUGAAGGAAUUUAAUUGUAAAAAUAAUGAAAAGUUUGGGAGAAAAGUGAAAACUAGUUGAUUUAUGAAAUUUGUACAUAGUGUAAAUCAUAUAGUGUUACAGUCGACUCUGAGAUAAUAUCAAUAGUGUGUCUGUGAGUGAAAAAUCUUUAUUCUAUCAUUUAUUUUAUCAUGUGCAACUUUGAUGAUGGGCCUUUCUAGGAGAUGUGAACACAUUUAAAAUGUGUCACUUGUGGCAUUGCCAACAAUUAUUCACAUGCAUGUAUUUUGUCAAAAAGAGCAUACAUGUGAAUUAUAAACAUUGUGUAAUACAGUACACAAUGAAUGGACAAAGUACACAAUAGAUGGAAUUGCUUAGAUUGGGAUAAUUAUAAAAAUAAAUGAAAAAAAAAGCUGGGGAUGAUGUUCUUUCGUUGGAAUUUAUUACCGAGAGCUCUGCGAAGAUUUUUGCGAGCAAUAAAUAUGAAUAAAACAUCCUUGUGAUACGUUUCAUUAAAUAAAAGUAUAAAAGUCGCUGAUCAUUGAUACAUGUCACCUUCAGUAGGAAACAUAAAUACUUGAAAAAUAUCAUAUUUUGUAUGUUCACUUGUUGCUAGCCAUUUAUAAAGUAUAUUAGAUAUGUUUCAAAUGUAUAAAUAUUGAGAAACCCUGACAUUACUGCUUGUGUAAUCUCUGUUGGGCAAGCCAAUGGUCAUUUAAUGACUGAUUUAUAUCUUCUUUCUAACAAUACAACAAGCGAAACGAUGUUGAAAUAUUCAGAAGACAUUUGAAAACUGUCAUUGCUUCUCAAUGUUUCAAACAGAAUGAUUUAUCAUAUGCUUGCAUAAGAACAUGAAUUCCUGAAUAAUUAUGUACAUGUUCUUGCUAAAUGCUGUGUGUACAGAGUUUUCCCCAUGUUGAAUGAAAGUAUAAAAUAUUGCCCUUGUUGUACUUCCAAUUUGCUCAAAUAUUUGUGUAACUUUCAUGCUAAAAGAAAACUCUCAAGUGCCUUAUUUUCCAUAGUCUUAUUACAUAUUCUGUAAAGGAGCACAAGUUUGUCACAUCAGUUCAAAAUUUGUUGUUAUUUUGAAGUGCCGGUAGCUUUGAUAGUUUUCUUGAGCUUGAAAUGCUCUCAUGUGCAAAUGAAAAGAUCAUCGAUUCUUUACUGAUUGGAACUUUAAAAACAAAAUCUGAAGGUAUAAUGCAGAUUUUCUGUUUUUUUUUUUUUUUCUUCUUGAUAAUAAAUGGUUGGGGAAUUCACAAUGAUCUGUGUUUUUUUAUGACAGGAUUGAAAUCAAAUACAUGUAGGCAGUGAUCUACAGUAUACUACUUGUAUACUUUAUCUGUGGGAAUAUGAACAUGUAUGUUUUGGGGGUUAUUUUUCUUAGGAAUGAUAAAUCAAUGGUUUUCUGAAUGAUUAGCAUGUGUUUCCAUGUUGUAACCCCGGACAUCAAGGCCAUUCGUGCACAUUCUACCCCUCCUCGGAAAUAGUCCUUUCAUGGCUAGCAUGAGGAGGUAUAACAUUUUACUAUAAAAAUAUAUUUGAUAUUUCACCAGGGGAGCAUUUCAUGGACAUUUGGUGUCCGACAACUAGUCGGAUCUGACAACUCUUCUUGAAUUUGAUUGGCUGAGAAGCACCGUUAUUAUGGUAACUGUCAGAUAAAACAAACUUGUUAGAUAGAAUGUCUGACAAGUCCUUUCAUGAAACGCUCCCCAGCUGGCCGUACUUUGGACGUGGAGUGUCAUAAUGUACACGUUUAUAAAUGCCUCGUAUGAAUACCGAGGUACAUGUACUUUGAUUGUUAUGGAUUUCAACUUUGACCUGUAAUGAGUGCUCUGUAUUGUUAGAACCAGAGGCCCUGUUCAUGAACAUGCUGUCAAUUGAAAAGAAAGAUGUCAAGCAAAUCAUGGUAGGUUUUUUCACUUAUUUUUUCUGUUUUGUGUCAUGCAUACCAUUACCAACAGUGAUUUGUAACAGAACGUAUCUUUUCAUCAAGCCAUACAUGUAAACAUACCUUCCAUAACCUGGUAAAUUGCAUUCGCAGGGAAUAAGUGAUAUUUGAAGUGACACUUUAUACUUUCAGUGAAUUACGAGACUUAUUGUCCUGCUUGCAUAUAUUGCUUCAAUUUUCUGUUUGCUUAUUGUAUGACCCACAGUAUCUGUGGCGAACUAUUACAUGUAUUAUCUUUCAUUUAGCAAGCUAUUGUGGUUGUCUUUUGUUCUAAUAUUAAUUUUUCUACAGAAAAAUGUUUGCCAGACUUGCUAUGGUAUGAGUGAGUUAAUCAGGAAAAUGUGAACUACAAUUUUGUUUCCUAUUAACAAUUUCAUUAUCAUCGUUUGUUCUUUAAGAUUUUGUUGAUAAGACUUAUAGUCUUAAGUUUUGAACAAAGGUACAGAUACUCACGAAUGAGAUUAUCAUGUGGAUUUCUAAAGUACAGUCAGAAUGUACUUGUAUCAAUCAUAUUUGUCUUGAAUAAAAGCUUUGAAGACAAAAUGAA